AUGGGUUCCGGCGACAGACCAACCAUACUAAGCCGAGUACACGCACCGAGGAGCCCCGAGAAGACCAGAACUGCGGCGAGCACCGACAACGAAACCGAAACAACACUCCAUACCCUCGCCAAACCCCAACCCACCCCCACAGACCCCGCCUCCACCACCCUCAUCCUCACCGUCUACAUCUUCCGCGGCGAGCCCACCGACACCUACAAUCACCGGCACGCCCUCCUCUACCUCACCUCCCCCACCCUGCCCCACUACCACGAAACAAUCCACACCCAGCGCGACGAGGCCACCGACCUGUGGGUGGUGGACCGGCUGCACGAGCGGGUGGCGUGGUUCGAGGCGCGCGCCUACGUGGGCCACGUCAGCGCGGGGGCGCUGCGGGUGCCGGCCGGGCGCGAGAUGGAGCCGGUCGAGGCGAUUGCGGGUGUUCCGGCGGGGGCUCGGCCGCCGGAUUGGAAUUGUCAGAAUUUUUUGUACGAGGGCUUUCAGGUGCUGGUGGAUCGGGGGUGGCAGACGCAGGAGUGGUGGGAUGAGGUGGUCGGUGAGAUGAUGGAUCGGUUGUUGGAUGCGACGGUUGUUUGA